AUGACAGCCAAAGAUGAAAAUGUUAUUUUGGAAAAAUUGCAAAAUCAAACUAUUGAGACUGAUAAAAUAGAAAAGGGCUUGCAUGAUUUUCACAAAAAAUACGAUCAGAAAUCCGAAGCCCACGAAGAAGCUUUGCUUAAAAUUGUCCAUGAGCUGCAAUCCGUAAAUUCAGACGCAGCUCUAUCUCCUGAUGUUAAAAUCCGAAUAUGCUCUUUACUAUCCAAUAUUAAAUCCGACUUUGCAGAUGCUACCUCACUUCAUCGGGGUAUUCAUGGAAAUAUUUCAAAGUUCAAGAAAACUAUUGAAAAGACUUUUGUUGAAGAUACAUCUGCUUUUACCAAAUACAUUUCUGGUGAUCCUACAAAAUGUUUACCACUUUUAAUGAACGAACUCUUUCCCGAUUCCGAAAUCUAUAAAAAGGCUGAUGUUAUGAGUGAUGAUGAAUUAUUUUCGACUAUUCUUGUUGAGGAAUUGGUACGAAAUGGCUAUGGUCCCGUAGCCAUUCAAUUAGCCAAGGAAGUUGGCAUGAAUGAGGAGGAUGUUGGAAUGGAAAAGUUUCGUGAAGUUGGUUCAAUGGUUUGUGCUCUCAAGGAUGGAGAUUUAGAACCCGCGAAAGCUUGGCUAGAGGCUUAUGAAUCGAUUAUUGGGUCAGUAGCCAAAGAUCUGAGGUACGUUUUGGCCAAAUUGGAAUUCCUUUCGGACGUCCAGAAAUGUAAUGGAAACCCAGCAACUGUGAUUGGAUGUUUGAGCAAAAUUUCUCCCUAUUCAAAAGAUUAUCCAGAGGAUACAUCCGUUUUUUCCCGUUGCUCCUCUGAGGAGACACUUGACUUGUUCACUGCUCUUUAUUUGACUUUUUGUCCAGCUCUGGGUUGGCUUAUCCCCUUGCCGGGUGCUCGCCCAUGUUCAUGGAAAUGUUGUUUCCGCCUCUGUGUCCUUAUGGCUUUAGAUUUGAUCUGUGAAAUAAUUGCGCUGAAUUUUGGUGCUAAGGAAGAGAGGUUCGAUAUCGCAAUCCAGUUCAGCCAACGUGUGCAAAUAUCUGUCUUCUUAAUUCCAGACUUCAAGCACAUCAUGGGAAGCCUCCUGUUUUUAAACCGUGAUCUCACUAACACUCCCUACGCCGAUCUCUCCUUCAUCGAUCAGCCCAACAAUCUCCCCCACUUCAUCACGUCCUCUGGCGUCUCACUACCCACUCUCCCAAUGGUGAGCCUUUUCACUUCCGCUGAAGGAGAGAAGAGAUCAGAGGGUGAAUGUGGCGACGCUGAGCCUAUGGACGCACAGAAUGAUAUGGAUACUUCUUGUCCUUCUUCUGACUCCGAUGAGAACCUCAAACCGAAUGCUUUUGUUCGUGCUGCCCAUCUCUUUGGUGCUGUGGCUUGUCAAUAUCAACUAAAGCUCUCCACAAUCGACCCCCUCAGAAUGGCAUUCGCCUCGGGGUUGAAGGUGCUUCCAAAGCUCUAUGAAACACAAAAGGCCUUUACUUGGCUCCAAAACUAUACCAAAGCUGGUCCUCAUGGUAUACAAACACUUCCGGUUACAGUUGAGCUUGACUCCGUGGCUCAGCAGCACAACAUAUUCCACUGUCCCGUUGAAAAGGAAGUUUCCAAUUGGCUCAACCCAGUGCUCCGAUUACACUGUGGACAUGCCAUCACUCGGGAUGCCUACAAUAAUAUGUUAAAUAAUGAACGAAACGCUUCAGGUCACAUUCGUGGUGUUGUUGGUAACGCUCUUAUCUCAAUACGCGGCGAUGAGUACCGAGUUCCAUUAGUGUUUGGCCGACAAGCAUUUGAAUCUCUACACCGCAAGCAUUACUAUUGUCCCUCUACUGCAUUUGAAGUAUCCCAGUAUUCGGCUUCUAGACCCAAAACCUGGAGUUGUUUGCACUUUCAACUACCUCACUUCACUGUAUCUCCAUUUGCAAUGUACAAAAAGACCUAUGGUUCACGUAAAAUCAAUAUGAAUCUUCUACGACAUAUAUUAAAGCUUCUUGUCGUUGCAAAUACUCUGUUAAACUUGGUGUACCUCUUCUCCCCUUUUUGUAGGAAACUCAAGUGUCCGUAUUGUCCAAAGGAGACAACGCGAGAUCAAUUGAUGGUGCUACAUUUCUGA